UACAUGGCUAUUGUAUGCCUGGCUGAUAAUGUUGCAGAAUGCCAACUUAUCCAGCAUGCAAAAAUUGUAGAAGCAGCCUUUAUCAAAUGAACCUCUUAGCAUUACUUUACCACUUCGCUGUGAGGGUAAGGCACUCCUUGUCACGUGUCACUUCUACCUGCCCAAAUCGUAUUUACCUGAAAGGCAUCUUGCUGAGAAAAAAACACGGUGCUAAGAUAGUGAAGGACAACCUCUAAACAUUCCGGUGGUGAUGGGAAGCAGACAGGACAUUUUAUGCGGAUUAACUAACUAACCAACUAAAAGGGAGGAUGCAAAACUUAAGUUUUACAGGUUCAAUCACCGACAGUCUUCCUUGUUAGUUUUUGUGGUUUCCCUUUCCGCCAGAUUUCUGGAACUGCGAGUUUUGUUUAUCAGUGCCGUGCUGCAGGUGGAACUAACUGGUGAUGCAGUCCUGGGGGGCAGUGUUGUGUACACAAGGAAGACAAUAAGAACUUUUAAGGUGUUUCAGGAAUGUAAGCGCCCCAUGUUAAAGUUACGUUGAACUUGGAGAAAAAAAUGGAACUUGCAAGUCAGUAAAUGGUGGCUUCAAGAAAGGCAUUUAUCUGGACGAUAUAUUAAGUGAGCGUAAACAAUGGAUUUGGAGGAAGUUAAAGACUUCAGAGCGCUUCGAGCCAGGUUUCAGAAUAAUAGUAAUUUCAAUCCAGAGCCUGUCAAGAAGACCGUAACAGAAGUUCCAAAGCAGAAGAACUCAUCAGUUGCGACCCAAUCUCCUCCAACUUUACAGAUGCCACAUCCUGAUGUCCUUGCUCCUCUCAAAAUUGUUAUUAAAGAACUCCAUGAGAAGCCUAGCUUCACUAAAGAGACUCCAUUGAAAUCUCCGGUGAGGUCUGUUUUUGUCGGAGAUAAGCCUGUAGUACCUAGUAAGCCACCCAGAGUACAUCUGGUAGCAAAGUCUGGGAGUAUAGACUUAACAAAAAUGCAUGCAGAGGAGGUUUCUAAAGUUUGCAGCUCCGUGAGCAGUAAUACACCUUUUCCAAAGUCUUACUUACAAACUGAAAGCAUACCAUUUAAUGUUAACAGUCAUAACACUGAAGUGCACCAAAAGGAUAUUGCUGUGGAGAAAUCCUGCUUUAAUGCACAGAAAUUUCAAAAAGCUUCAACUCUUCCUUCCAGAUCUGGUGCUGUUUCUGAAUGGGAUUUACAUACUUGCACUAACAAGACAUUAGAGGAGCAGGUAGUCAAAAGAGGUACAUCGCUGGUAAAUGUUGAUAUCAGUGACUUGAAGCAUGUUAUUCAUGAACGGAGGAUUAGAAGAGGAGAAUCUCUACCCCUCAGUGAUGAUCCACCAAAGCGGCCUCCAAAAACCUAUACUACUACAAUACAACGCGAAAGUAGUGAGAGUAAUGUCCCAGCCAUUCUUGCUGCUGCCCCCGCCUUGCCUCCCAAAACGUAUGCUAAAUUAGAUAAUGAAAGCUGCAAAUCUGAUGUCUCACAUACACCUGUUACUGCAGUCAGAAAGGAUGCAUGCUUAUCUGAACCUGUGGAUACCAAAAACUCUUCUACUAACCUGCAGAAGCCUAUUUUGAAUUCUAGGCUCCCACAGAAAAAGCCUCUUCCACCUCUUCAUCAGCUGGGUCCUCCUCCUAAGAAACCAGACAGACCACCUAAAGUGGACCUCAGGAGAUUCCUUCUUUCACUGGGACAAUCGGAUGAUUUCAGCUGGCCACCAGUGCCAUCAUCUUCAUCAUUGCAAACUACCUGUUGUGACCUUCCAUCAUCCACUGCUGCUGUGGAAGAAGAAGAUGUGUACUUACCCCCAGAUAAUGAUGGAAUUUCAAACCCGAGCAUUUAUGAAGAGACAGAAAACAUUCUAUAUGGGAAAAAGUGCCAGUACGAUCAUGAAAAUGGUUAUAAUUCUGAACCACAAAUAAGAUUUCACACUGAAGACAACAGGAAAUCCGAAAUCCAAGAGAUUGGAAAGGCUCAGAGGCGACUUACAGAGCAUUUCUAUCCUAGACCUGAAAAUGUCCUCCUUGGAGAGACGCCGAUUGAGGAAGGAAAUAAAGAAGAGGGAAAACAGUAUAUGGAUCUGGAAAAGGAACAGAAAGCAAAAGAAGAGAAGGAACAGAAGUGUAGAAGGAAAUUUAAUAUAACUGGGUUGGAAGGUACAUUAUACAGUGCUGAAAUAAUGGAAGACACUAAAAGUGGAAAAUUUGAUCUUCCAUUGAAGAAAGGGGAGUUUGUUGAUGUAAUUCGUACCACUGCAUGCCCCUCAGGAAAAUGGCUAGCAAAAGACAAGAAUGGGAAUUAUGGAUAUGUUCCUGUCAACGCUGUAAAGGUGGAUGAACAAGACAUUAAGAUGAUAGGCUGCAGGCUGUCUAUGCAGUUCCAAAAUAAUAACGAUUUAUACGAUGAUGCUGAUGGUGGAAGUAUGAAAGAAACCACAAUGCCUUAUUUUGCUUCGUUCAGUUCAGAUAGCUUUGCAGAUGAUAAUUCUGAAGAAGCAUAUGAAGAUAUUGGAAAUGUUCAUUUGUCUGCUGAUAAGAAUUCUACUACUAAAAAUAACAAGAAGCUACUGAAGUUCUUUAAAAAGGAGAAGAAAGUAAAAGGAAAAGAUAUAUCUGAAAAUAUUUCUGAUUCUGUGUCUUAUUCUGCAUCUUAUGCUGGCAACAGCCAGGAUGGCCAAGAAGAUGCAUACGCAGAUGCUGAAAGUAUUAAAGCUGUAAAAAAGGACAAAGGUGAGGGGAAUGGGAAACACAAAAUUUGGAUAAAAAAGUUUUACAAAAAAGAUGAACACAUUAGUCCUGGCAAGGAUGACAGUGGAAGCUUACAGAGAAGUCAGGAGUUGACAAAGAGACUGAAAGGAUGCCUGGUAUCUCCCUGGUCGAAGGGUAGCAAGUUACUGUGUACCUGUAACAAGUGACAGAGUGCUGCUAUUAAACAGGCUAUCUGUGCAAGUGUGAAUGUGUAAUGUUGUGAGCCUUAGUGAUGUUCCAUAGUGCCUAAGUAUUUCUGAAGUCUAACAAUUGACUAGUGGUAUUCUCAACACCACCCCUGACAUUUGAUAUAGUAGUACCUUUACUUUGCCUCAGUCCACCAAAUAGUCACUGAGUAAUCAGGGUGUUUGGUCCUUUUAAAUGGCUUUCAUGAUGCCUUAAUAUAAUGGCACACUACAGACUUUAUGUAACAGCACUGAUAGUAAGUCGAAUGUAUUGUUACAGCACAGAAAUGUGUAUUCAGAAAAGCCCAAAACAAUAGUAAGGGGACAUAUUUUAAGUGCAUUUAACUUCUUUGAAGUAAAGUGGCCUGUUUUAAGAUGGCUGUGCUGAUGUGCCAUUCCAUGUUUAUGGAACCAUAAGCCUUGUAUACAUGUAAUGGUAAGCUGCAUUCUUCAUGGUGGCAUGGCUCAAGGAACAGAUCUGCCCUAGAAACAGAGAGCAUAAAUAAAGGAUGUUUUUUAAAAAUAAAUGAUUGGUUAGCAGAUAUUAUAGGCACUAGAUACAUAGACGACUUUGAAGCUAUAUAUUCAUACAUGUUAGAAUGGCUGUAGUAAGGAAAUGUUUAUCUGACAUCAUAAGUAUGUUAAUACAAUUCUGAUGCACCAUAUUGACUGGUCUUAUCAUAUAUGGCACUUAAUAAUUAAUAUAUUUUGGUGUUUUUACAGUUUUGAAUUUGAGACAAAAAUAGAAUGAUUGAAAACAGUAUUUCCUUUUAUAAUGGCUAUAGUUUCAGGAAUGAUAUGUAUAUUUAUUUGCUUUCUAUUUAUUUGUAAACAUACAUAUGUAAAUAGUUGUAGAAACAGAAUGCAAUUUAUCAUUAUGACUAUGAUAAUAAGUCGAUGCAGUGUACUGAUGGGAUAUAUUAACUCAGAUUAUCCAAUAUGAUACUUGCAUCUAGGACUUAUUGAACAAACAUGUUUUUUGUAGGUUUGAAGGCGCAUAGGUAUUAUAUUUGUACUAUUACAAACAAAAUUGUGAAUAAUUGAGAACACUUGUGUUUUCUUUUUACAAUGACGAGAAAUGCAACAUUUGAUAGUGUUACAUAGACCCAGUUAUCAGAAUAUGAGCACCUGUAACAAACAUACAUUUUUGAAUUUCAUUUCCUGCUGUUGUUGCCCAUCUUGGAAGAGAACUAAAUGUUAUAGAAAACUGAGAAUCUCCUCACAGCCCACACAUGCUUCUUCAGUAUUUACCAAAUUAAUUGGUUUUCUCCUUUUGCAAGUGAUAUUGGAAGUACGAUUUUUGCUCACUUCACCUUAAACACGCCCAGAAAGCUCCCUCACCUUCAUAGAGUAAACAGUAUCCACAGAUUUUCAUCACAUGCCACUAAGUUGUGAUGGACAUAGUGAGAAGAGUCACUGGGGUGCUUCACUUGAAAUAAUUCAUCUUAAGCAGAAUGUUCAGCAUGUGUCCUUUUCUUAGUACUGUAUGUUGUUUAAGCUGAGAUAUAGUGACAGUCAUGUGUUUAGUCAGUGACCUUCCCCCUAGCCCUCACUUUCGCGCACACACACACGCACACACACACACACACACACACACACACACACACACAUAUGCACAGUAGAUGAUCACUGCUGUCAGACUAUUUGGAAUCACCUGAUAUCCAGCUUGAAAUGCAUGGAGUUAAAAUAUUCACCUGCUGUAUUUUACUUUGAAGUCUAAUUGUGAAGUAACCAUGCAUCUUGAGAUCACAGGAACUGCCGGUUAUUGCAAACAUCUCUGCUAUCUCCUUUCUUUUGCUGUUAGAGAUAUUAUGUUUCUUUUCUUGAGACCAUACAGAGGUGCCAUGUUCAUUUUCUAUCAGACACAUGAACUGCAUUAAACCAUUUAUUUAUAUGCACUCUGUAGUCUUUUGGGUUAUAUGGUGAGCAGUCCAUACGUAUGGUACCUCCACAACCUUUGUAUGUAUUAUAGAAUGUAAGACUGAUUUCAGUACUGCAGUAUCAAAAAGACAACAGACAUGCAUUGAGCAUAACAAUUGGUAUGAUGUUCAAAAACAAACAAGAAAGAGAGAAAAAAAGAGGUAUGAUUUUCCUUAAGCAGUGUCUAUUAAUUAAAAUGCAGUGCGUUUAUCUUCCUUGCAAAAUAAUGUUACCCUUUAUAGAUGUACCAGGGAAUACUUAAGAAUUGAUUUGCUUGAUGAUAUAAACACAGUGCUGGAAUGUCUGAAGAGGUUGUGAAAUGACAGAUUAUCCCUAUCAGUUUUGCUUUUAUAUGUUAUACAGUGCCCAUCUUUAAAAUAAUAGCAUGUUAUUCAUGUUGAGUUCUCUAAUUUAAUUUUUUUUCUUUAAAUAUACUUCUAUGUAACCAGAUUCUACUGUUACAGUUUUGUGUUUUAAUUAAAUAAAUUCAUCUUUAAUUUUUGCUUAA